AUGACAAAGAAGAUACUGGAAUGGAGCAACAAGGAGGGGAACAAUGCGAUCAUCGGACAUGCAGACGAAUCUGAGAGUACAGCGCUCCACUUUGCUGCCUCAGCGGAAGGCAGGGAGUUAGAAGAAGCGAGCAGUUUCUUCACUCGAUUCCUCUUUCGGCGGCCCAUGCACAAUUCUACAUCGAUACGUCUGCUACUGGAUGCUGACCAGUGUUCAGCAUGCCGGCCAGACAAAAGGGGGCAGUACCCUAUACACAUUGCCGCGUCGAUGGGCAAACUUGGGGUUGUGGCUCUCAUUCUUGACAAGUGCCCAGAGUGCGCCGGUCUGCGUGACGCCCGCGGGCGAACGUUUCUCCAUGUCGCCAUCGACAUGAGGUGGGAAAAAAUAGUGGACUACGCCACCAAGAACGAUACGUUCGCCUCCAUCCUGAAUAUGCAGGACAACAGUGGUGACACGGCGCUGCACUUAGCUGUCCAGGUUGGGGUGCUAAGGAUAUUCCGUAAUCUGUUACGGAAUAGGCAUGUAUCCUUGAAUCUGGCAAACCACAAGGGCCAAACACCAGCUGACCUCUCAAGGAGCACUAUUCCAGCUGGGCUUUACUACAAGACGAAUGCUCGGAUGUGGAUACUUUGGUCCCUGGUAAAAGCAAAUGCUCUCAACGGCAAUGACAGGCGCGAUCACUUCCAGGAAAAGCACAUUCUUAAGCUAGACGAGAGCAAAGAGUCGAAGAAAAUGACGGAGGCGGCCCAGAUGACUGGUAUUGGCUCUGUACUAGUUGCAACCAUGGCAUUUGCUGCAGCUUUCACCAUUCCUGGAGGUUAUAUAGCCAGUGAGCAAAAAAAUGGUGGCACGCCGACACUCGCUGGUUCUUAUGCUUUUGACGCAUUCAUGUAUGCUGUCGCGGUAGCAUUCAUCUGCUCCAUGCUUGCCACGUUCAGUCUCAUGUACUCAGGUAUGGCCACGGUUGACUGGAAGAUCAGAAACAAUUACUUCAAUGACUCCUUAGGCUGGAUGUGGAAUUCCACCAGAAGCUUGCUGGCCGCCUUCGCGCUGGGGGUAUACCUCGUCCUGGCGCCCGUAGCUAGUACCACUGCCGUUGGUGUUUGUAUUCUCACUUCGGGUACGCUACUCUUCAGAAAUAGGGAAGUCGGACGAAUCCUUAUUUGCACAUAUACGUUGCACAAGAGACUCGGAAUCUUCAUAUGGGUGAGACUUGCUACCAGGAUCCUCCCAAUUAUACUUCAAUCAUACUUUGUCUACAUUGUUAUCUUCGUUUCCCCGGUAUGUUUUCAUGGGAUUCUCAAGCACUUCCCAAUCUUGGGUGCAUCGAAAUAGAUUGAACCUCUUGGGUGCAUCGAAAUAGAUUGAACAGGUCAUGGUCCUACAUAGAAACUGUUAAAUGUGUAACAGAGAUUAUUGUAACCUACGUCGAAGAGAAAGGACGAUGUUUUGAUAUUGCUGCUGCAUUUUGUUGAUGA